UGAACAAUUGACUUUUCUUUGGAUUAUUUUUGUAAUGAUUGUUUUCGGAAAUUGCUCAGUCCUUGGAACUUUACUGUUAUCGAAAGGACGAAAAUCUCGAAUGAACUUUUUCAUAAUGCAUUUAGCAAUUGCAGAUUUAUUGGUUGGUUUAAUCAAUGUUUUAACGGACAUUGUUUGGCGAUUUACUGUUGGUUUUUACACUGGAGAUACGGCUUGUAAGGCAAUCAAAUUUGCUCAGGUUGUUGUAACUUAUGGUUCAACUUAUGUUUUGGUUGCACUUAGUAUUGACAGAUAUGAUGCCAUUACACAUCCAUUAAAUUUUACAAUUAGAGCUCGUCGAGCCAAAUUUUUGAUUGCCUUUGCUUGGACAUUAUCGGGAAUCUUUUCAAUUCCAACCCUUUUUCUGUACAAAAUUCAUAAUAUUGAAGAUAAACCUCAAUGUUGGAUUCAUCUUGAACCAGAAGAAUGGCAAAUUUACAUGACUUUGGUGGCGACAUCUCUUUUCUUUAUACCAACAGUCAUCAUCUCCGCCUGUUAUUCAAUCAUUGUUCACACCAUUUGGACUAAAUCUAGGCUUAUGGGUUCAUCGCCUAGGAAAAAGGUCAAACAUUUGAAUGGUUGCUCUUUAGUUUCUGAAAACAUUGCUGUUCUAAUCAUCUUACUUCUAUGGUAA